AACAUCUUUUUGUGCUUUCUCUUUUUCCUUUCCAGUAACUGCCCCUCAUUCCUGGCCUCUGCUUUAGCCAGAGCAACGUCAGAUGAAGUCCUGCAGAGCGACCUCUCGGCGCAUUUCCUGCCCAAGCACGUGGACAACGCCGACGGCAUCAUCCGAACAAGCUUAUUUUGCAGUGUUUGAUGGCCACGGAGGAGUGGAUGCUGCCAUCUAUGCCUCCAUCCACCUGCACGUGAACAUGGUGCACCAGGAGAUGUUCCAGCAGGACCCGGCCGAGGCGCUGUGCCGCGCCUUCCGCGUCACCGACGAGCGCUUCGUGCAGAAGGCAGCCAGGGAGAGUCUGCGCUGCGGAACCACCGGGGUGGUGACUUUCAUCCGAGGGAAUAUGCUGCAUGUGGCUUGGCUGGGGGACUCCCAGGUCAUGCUGGUGAGGAGAGGCCAAGCAGUGGAACUGAUGAAACCCCACAAACCAGACCGAGAGGAUGAGAAGAAGCGAAUCGAGGCCCUGGGCGGCUGCGUGGUCUGGUUUGGAGCCUGGAGGGUGAACGGGAGCCUCUCUGUCUCCAGAGCUAUUGGGGACGCUGAGCACAAGCCAUACAUCUGUGGGGACGCAGACUCUGCCUCCACGGUGCUGGAUGGCUCUGAAGACUACCUCAUUCUGGCCUGUGAUGGCUUCUACGACACAGUGAACCCCGAUGAGGCAGUCAAAGUGGUGGCUGACCAUCUGAAGGAGAAUAACGGUGACAGCAGCAUGGUAGCACAUAAAUUGGUGGCAUCUGCUCGGGACGCCGGCUCCAGCGACAACAUCACGGUCAUCGUGGUGUUCCUCAGGGACAUGAACGCGGCGGUCGCCGUCAGCGAGGAGUCGGACUGGACUGAGAACUCCUUCCAGGGGGGGCAGGAAGACAACGGGGAAGACAAGGAGAACCACGGAGACUGCAAACGGCCCUGGCCCCAGCACCAGUGCUCAGCACCGGCGGAUUUAGGCUAUGAAGGACGAGUGGACUCCUUCACCGACAGAACUAGCUUAAGCAUAGGCUCCAGCAUUAACCCCUUGGAGGAUCAAGGCUAUUUAGACCUGACAAAAACAGAAACUAGUACACCUCAGAGUGCCAAAUGUCUGCCACCAGUCGGAGCGUUCAGUCCUGGCACACCAAAGAGCGCGGGUCGGAUCAGCGGCUCCCCGGCCGAGAGCGAGGCCCCGGAGCUCGGCGCGCGCUGGGGCUGCGGUCGCGGGGAGGACCCGCCGGGCUCGGGGGCUGCAGGCCAGGGCAUCUACAGGGUCAGGGGCUCGUCCCCCGUCUGCUUCGGGCUGGAAGAGGAACUGUUCCAAUCCUUGGGCAAACGAGCCGCGUUCUCCCAUUUGCGGCUCUGCAGCGGGAAGAGGCGGCGAGGAGCCAGGCUCAAACCAAAGUUUCACACGGCGCUCUGGGCUCAGGAGCCUGCCCAGGGAGAAGGAUCCGGCCUGCCCUUCCCUGCCCGGGCCCGCAGGAGCAGGAGGGCCUUGGCCCGGCCCUCCCCGUGGCGGAGGCUGCCCAGCCACGGCUCCUACAGCGAGUGUUGGAUGCGAAGACAAAGUCAUUGUAUACCAGACCCACACCUUCAUCAAUGCUGUAAAAUGUAACCACCCCCUCGUGUUCCCCUGUCAGACUCCCAUAGUAGACAUUCCCAAAAUAAAACUGGCAUCAUCAGAAAGCGAAAAAAAAAAAAAAGAAAA